ACUCGCUUCUGCUACUGAGGAGGAUUCUGCUCGCGUCUGCUAUGGAGGAUUUAGAGGAAGAUGUCAAGUUUAUUAUGGAUGAGACCUUGGACUUCGGAGGGCUGUCUCCAUCUGAUAGUCAUGAGGAGAAGGACAUAGCAGUGUCGAUGACUCCAGAGAAACCACCCCGACGGGGCCUGUCCCAUAGAAGUAACCCAAACGCAGUGGCUGCUGCCCCGCAGGGUGUGCGGUUCAGCUUAGGCCCUCUCAGCCCAGAGAAGCUGGAGGAGAUCCUUGAUGAAGCCAACCGGCUGGCAGCUCAGCUCGAGCAGUGUGCCCUGCAGGAUGGAGAGAGUGCGAGUGAGAGCCCCGGGCCUCGCCGAGGGAAGCCCAGCCCUCGGCGAGAGACGUUUGUGUUGAAGGACAGUCCUGUCCGAGACCUGCUGCCCACUGUGAACUCUUUGGCUUGGAGCACACCCUCCCCCAGCAGCCUGACACCCCAUCUCCGGAGCAGUGAUAAGAAGGGGUCAGCCAGGACUCCUCGAGUGACAUCUGGAAAGAGGCCCUCCAAUGCGAAGAGAGAGUCACCCACUUGCAAUCUGUUCCCUGCAUCCAAAAGCCCAGCAUCUUCUCCUCUUGCACGAUCAACUCUUCCACCCCGGGGGAAAGCUGGGCCUCCACCCCGGGGAAAAGCUGGACCUCCACUCCGGGGGAAAGCUGGACCUCCACUCCGGGGAAAAGCUGGGCCCAGUGCCAGAUCCACCACAAGCCCUCCUACCCUUGUCAGACCAGUAAUGGCUCCACAACCUUCAACCAGCAACUCUCAAUGCCUGUCUAGGCCACAGGGAACAGCGACUAAGUCUUCCAGUCGACUACCUAUUCCCUCGGCCAUCCCCAGGCCUGCCAGCCGAAUGCCACUCACCAACCGGAGUGUGCCACCUGGCAAAGGUGCCCUACCUCCCAAUCCUCUGUCAACCAGGAAAGGGCUUCCAAGACCAAGUGCUACAGGGCAGAGAGCUGUUUCUCAGCGAGCAAAUCUUCCUGUGGCUAGUGCCACUCGAAGCAGUCUGCAGCCCCCCAGAAAAGUUGCAGUCCUGGGACCUACUAGGUAA